AUGCCCUCCAAAACGACACGAUCAUCCCAUACAGCCAAAAGCCAAAGCACCAACACCUCGUUUGGCAACGCUGCUAUGCUCUUUUGGCACUCUUACAAAAAGGAUACUCCCACAAGUCUCAAAAUGAUUGACUGCUACCUGGUGUACAUUAUGCUGACAGGCAUCAUCCAAUUUGUGUACAUGAUCCUCGCUGGUACUUUUCCCUAUAAUGCUUUCCUUGCGGGUUUCAUCUCUACGGUGGGAAGCUUUGUGCUGGCAGCCAAUUUACGCAUCCAGACCAAUCCUAAGAACGCCAAUGCCUUUCAAAGUAUCUCACCCGAACGCGCAUUUGCAGAGUUUGUAGUGGCCUCUUUGCUUUUACAUUUCUUCUGUGUCCAUUUCUUGGGAUAA